AUGAGAAGCCUCACCCAAUCUCAAAUAGACACGUUCAGUACCGAGGGAAUGCUAUGUAUUGAGGAUUUUUUAACCCCUGAACAAACAUCAAAACUUUUAACUCAGUCAAAACAACUCCUCGCACAAUGUGAUUUAUCAAACCACCCCAAGACUACUUUCAAGACUUCCGAUGAUGAUCAUAUCGGUGACCGAUAUUUUUACGAAUCAGCAGAUAAAAUAUCGUAUUUUUUUGAUACUGAUGCAUUUGAUCAAGACGGUAAUUUGACAAUUGAAUUAUCGAAAUCGAUAAAUAAAAUAGGACAUGGUCUUCAUAUUGAAGACCCAUUAUUUAAACAGAUCACAUUUGAUGACAAGGUGAAGGAUAUUGCCCAUGAUUUGAAACUUACUGAGCCACAAGUGUUGCAAAGUAUGUGCAUUUUCAAGCAACCUGUGGGGAACAAAAGUACCGAACGUGAUAAUGCUGUACCUCCGCAUAAUGACGCCACUUUCUUAUUUACAAAACCACAGACUGCAAUUGGAUUUUGGAUAGCUUUAGAGGAUUGCACUGAAGAAAAUGGUUGCUUGUCGUAUAUACCAGGUACUCACAAGACUUACCCUGUUUCCAAAAGAUUUGUGAGAAAAGAUGGACUAAAUCUGGGUUGUACAUUUGAACAAUUGCAAGAGGAGAAACCAGUUGAAGGGGAGUACAAGAUGGUGCCAUGCAAAGCAGGAUCUUUGAUAUUGAUUCACAACUCUGUACUUCAUAAGCUGGAAAAGAACAAGAGUGAUAAAUCAAGAUAUGCUUAUGCGUUCCAUGUUAUUGAUGGUGUUGCCGAAUAUGACGAAAAGAACUGGUUGCAAGUGCCAUACGAAGGUGGCUCAGAUUUUCUGAGACUAUUUUAG